AUGUCUAAUUUUAAAAAUAUAGUUCCUAAAAGAAGUUACUUAGAAAGAGGGCAACCAAAGCAUAGGUUGCAUUUGGGAGAACUUGAAAAAAAAGUGGAUUAUGGAAAAAGAAGAGAAAUUUACAAAAAAAAAAAAAAGAUAGAAAAUGUUUUAAAAGAAAAAGUUAUGACAAAAAAUCCAGAUGAAUUUCACACAGGUAUAGUUCAUUCAAGAAUUACCGACAACAAUAUUUUAGUUAAGGAAAAAAAAGUUAUUAAACCAGAGAUACAAUUAAAAUACAAACGAAAUGAAUUAAUACAAAAAACUAAUUAUCUAUACAAUAAAUUAAAAAAAAUUAAUAAAAAAAUAAGUAAUUAUCAAAUUAAUAUUCCCUUAAGAUAUAUUUUUAAUAAUUCACAUGAAUUAUAUAAUGAAGAUCAAAUUUAUACUUUAAAAGCAGAAAAUAAAAAAUUAAGAAAAAAAGGUGAAUGUAUUCAAAAAGAAUAUAACUCAUUAAUUAAUGCAAAAAAUAACAUCUUAGAUAAUAUAAGAAAACUAGAUAAUAAAUAUGCCACAACUUAUAGAAAUAUUGAUGGAUAUAAAAUCAUAAAUGAUAAAGGAAAAAUACCUUACAGAUUUUAUGCACCCCGAUUAAAAUAA